UGCUGGUGUGUGAUGCUGCCGUGUGUAUGGGUUGGCUGAGUGACGCGCCAGCAGGAGCCGGACUCUGCGCUGCAAUAAAGAGGCGGCGGCAGCUGAGAGCGCGAACCACUGGAGCGGAGAGGCGUCCCGACAACACAGCUGCUCCACACACCGCCGACCCGCUCACAUCAGAUCACACCAGGGUUACCGGAGGAGGAGAGACGCUGCAGCGGAGGAUGCCGCUCCGGCCUCUCAUGAACUCAUCCACCCGCUGAACGAGGCUGCUCCGCGGGCUUCAGCCUGAACCUCCGGCAGGACUCCCGAGCUCAGGACUUUUUGAACAGACUGACCUGCUGGCCUUUGUGUAGCAGCCAUGGGCAGCAAGACUCUGCCAGCACCGGUCCCCCUGCACCCCUCCCUCCAGCUGGCCAACUACUCCCUCCUGCAGAGCUCCACCGGCCUCCAGCUGCCGGCUGAUCACUUUCACAGCGUCUACAGCUUCAGCGCCCUGCACGCCAUCCACCUCCACCAGUGGACCCUGGGCUACCCGCCGCUGGCUCUGCCCCGCUGCACCAUCUCCAAGCUGCCGGCCCAGUUCUCCUCCAUGGCCUCCAUCCCCAUAUUCCCUCACCUGCUGCAGCCCAAGCAGGGCUCCUCAGAGCUGCUGCAGAGCUCCAAGAACAAGCCCCGCUUUGACUUUGCCAACCUGGCAGCAGCGGCCACCCAGGACGAUUACCUGAAGGCAGAGGACCUGAGCAUGUCAGGCGCUGCCGCGGCGCAGGCCUCGUCUCACCACUCCGCCUCAGCCGGCCUGGGAUGCCUCCUGGAUGUGACCAAACUCUCCUCGCCGGAGCGGAAGUCCAGCCGAGGCCGACUUCCCUCCAAGACCAAGAAAGAGUUUGUCUGCAAGUUCUGUGGCCGCCAUUUUACCAAGUCCUACAACCUUCUGAUCCACGAGAGGACGCACACGGACGAGAGGCCGUACACCUGCGACAUCUGCCACAAGGCCUUCAGAAGACAGGACCACCUCCGGGACCACAGGUACAUCCACUCCAAAGAAAAGCCCUUCAAAUGUCAGGAGUGUGGGAAGGGCUUCUGUCAGUCCAGGACUCUGGCGGUCCACAAAACAUUACACAUGCAGGUCAAGGAACUGAAGCCAGCCAAGAUCAAGUGAUUCAACACCCCCCCCCCCCCCCCCCCCCCAGCAGGGACAGGAUGGGGACACUGGAAAACCAGGACCAAAGACACCGACCAAAGACUUUUCAUUUCAGCUGUUUCUACGUGAACUCAAGGAUCAAACGUUUUACUUAAAGAAGAGAGGUGAGAUUCAGUCAUCAGAGAACCUGGUGGACGUGUGGACUGUGAACGGACCUUAAAAACCUUGUGGCUGCUCAGAAGCUUCAAAUCCAAAGACUUUAUUAAAGGGACUUUAUAAAAGAUCAAAGCCAUGUUAACAUUUUCAUCCUUUCACAUUCCAAUGAUAUUUUCAUACAGAUGCAUUAUAUCAAAAAUGUAUUUUUGCACUUUAACCUGAUUAUUGAUUAUUUACAUAUAUCACUGGAUUUCUUAAAGUUAAUUUCAAAAUGAAUAAUCAUUUCUAAAUAAAAUAUUUUACUGUAA